AUGAAAUCUUCCAGUAAGCCUGAUCGGCAAAUUGUGAUAAAUCCAAUCCAUUAUUCCGUGAUAAUAAUCUAUGCAUUAACAAGACUGAUCCAGUUCUUGACGAACACAAAUGAGUUGUGGACAAAAAUUUGGCACAAGGUCGUUGAUCUAUUUGGCGCUGAUGAUUUCAACAUGUACUUUUUUGGAACAACAGUUUAUUCAGUAUUUUUUACAUACUGGUUUUUUGGGGGAAUUUUUCUAAUCUUCGACUACUCACAAUGGCCUGAAUUUCUCAAAAAAUAUAAAGUACAAAGUGGAACUAAUGAGCCGGUUGACAGAAAGUUAAUGAUGCGCGUAGUUCGUGGUGUUUUAUUCAAUCAAAUAUUUAUUAGCAUACCACUAAGCUACUUAGGAUAUUACAUUAAAAAAUCUCGGGGUAUACAGGAAUCCAUAUUCGACGUACCUGAUUUUGGGAGAGUGAUUUAUGAAUUAAUAAUCUGCAUUAUGGUGGACGAAAUUGGAUUCUAUUAUACACAUAGACUAGUUCAUCAAAAGCAUCUUUACAAAUGGAUCCAUAAACAGCAUCAUGAAUGGUCCGCACCGAUUUCAAUCACAGCUAUAUAUGCUCAUCCACUAGAGCACAUUCUUAGCAAUGUAUUGCCUGUUGGUCUAGGUCCAGUAUUUGCUAAUAGUCAUCUGUCAGUCGCGUGGAUUUGGUACACAUUAGCACAAUUAACAACAUUAAAUAAUCAUUCUGGUUUUCACUUUCCGUUCUUUCAUUCAUCGGAGUUCCAUGAUUUCCAUCACAUGAAAUUCAUGGAAUGCUAUGGCAAGCUUGGACUUCUUGAUAGAAUCCACAACACUGAUAAAUUAUUCCGUAAAUCAAUAUAUUCCUAUAGACACAGAAUCCUCUACUCUCUUAAAUCUGCGAAGGAGAUGUUUCCGGAUAAAUCAGAUUAA